AUAUCAAGGUUAGUUAAAUUUGUCCUUAUAUUGAAGAAUGAUUAUAGAUUUUGGUUCUGGUUCGACUGAAAAUGGAAGACUAGAGCUUGGAGUUGGAUGUCUUUCUGAUGUGGUGUUCCAGGAUCUUAUGGUAUCUGAAUCUACUUCUUAAGCAAACAUUUUGAAAGAGAAAGAUGGUAAAGUGACUGACCCAUGGGGCUCCUGAAAUGAGGUAUUAAUCUCUAGAGCAACAUGUGCAGAAUGAAAAAAGAGAGACGGCAAUGACUAAGGUAUCUAUCUCAAGAACCACACGUACAGGCUAGGACUUUAUUGCAUUUUACUCGAGUUGACUCUUCUAUAUAACCGCAUCAAAUGUUCUUGUAUAUGAAGAAAAUAGUUCACUUAACCAUUGCAAAGGUUCAAAGUUCAAAUCCCUAACCUCAAAUCUAGAAUCAAGGUUUUGAAGUUAGUGAGUGUAUAUAUUUUGCUAAACUUUUGUUGGUUAUGACCUCACUAUUGCAACCAUUGUAGUGUUUUU